GUGACACCGGAAGCUAAAAGAACCAAUGUCAUCGUAUGUAAUCAGACGCUGAGCGGAAGCUAAUGGCGGCUGCCAUGGGAGGCAUGGUUACGAGUGUGACGUUUUUGGUAGGGACGUGGGGAUAGCGAUGAAUGUUUGCUUAAUUGAUGUACAACCAUGACGCUCUCCAGUUCUUCAGCAUUUCGUAUGUUACAUGGAAUAUUUGUAAUAUAUAAACCCCCUGGAAUUAAAUGGAAAUCUGUACGAGACACGGUAGAGAUUAAACUAUUACAAGAGCUAAACUCUCUCAAGCAACCACCAGCUCAGCAGAAGAUCCUCUUCCUACCACAAAAAAAUGGGAGCAGCUGUGGGGGGGAGCUAACCAAAGUUGUCACCUCCGUUCCUGCCCUGGCUGAUCAUAAAUUGGUUAAAGGACCGUCUUAUACUCACCUGAAGAUUGGUGUGGGGCACAAGCUGGAUACAAAAUCAUCAGGAGUCUUUGUGCUUGGGAUCAGAAAUGGUAACAAACUUCUUACUGACAUGUAUGAAAAACAUUAUACCAAGGACUAUACGGUGUCUGGUAUGUUUGGUAAAGCCACAGAUGACUUUUCAGAUGUUGGAAAAGUUAUUGAGAAGACCACCUACAAACACAUUACAAGGGAAAGAUUGGAACAGGUUUUGGCCAUGAUUCAAGGGGCUAACCAAAAGGCAUUGCUAAUGCACAGUCAUGUGGACCUAAAGAGUCAGGAGGCAUAUGAGAUGGCGGUACAAGGCAGUCUCAAGCCCAUGGUGAAAUCCCCACCUCUUAUACUUGGAGUAAGGUGUAUUGAUUUUUCCCUACCCAACUUUACAUUAGAGAUCCAGUGUAUGCAUGAGACCCAGCAAUAUCUUCGCAAAUUAAUCCACGAGAUUGGUUUAGAACUUAGAUCAUCUGCAGUCUGCACUAAGGUGCGCCGCACACGGGAUGGUCCAUUCACGUUGGACUGUGCCUUGACACAUGGACACUGGGAUCUGAACAGCAUCACCAAUGCCAUUAAAGAGUGCAGACCUAUAGCUACAGAAUUAUGCAAAGAUAAUGCAAGUUUGAUUUGGGAGAACCAAGAUAAAGAAGAUGGACUGGGGAUUGAAGAGAGAAGCAUACAGUGAUAUGCAUUGGGUAUAACUCGUAAUGCCCAUAGGAGCUGUUCUGGUUAACAACCACAUAUUUUGCCAACUAUUCAUACCUAGAGUUCUUUGCUGUCUCCUUACUAUGUGUAAUAUAAUUCACAUUAGAAGACUUUAAGUGUUCUAUUUUGUAAAGAAGCAAACCUUUAUAACCAUUGCUUAACCCAAGCCUGAUUUCCUGCAACUCUUCAGUUAAAUAUAUUUAAAUGUUCUUUGAUUUUUAUCAUUAAAUGGGCACUGUCACAAUUUUUUUUGAUAUGUUAUAGUACUUAUGUACUACAAUAUAUCUCUAUAGUUUAUUUUUUUUCUUUUUUCUUUAUUAAAAUGGUUUAUUUUACAUUUGAAAAACGUCCACUAGGGGUCUCCCGCCUAGUGGCCGGCUGCAGCCUGGCGUGACGUCACGCUUGAAUUCAGACCCAUGCCGGCCGGGCAAUUGGUCCUAAAUCA